AUGGCCGACCGUUUCCCUUCAUUAGACGACUUUGACGCCGGUCAAACAGAAGUCUCCGGACAACCCUCAGCCUCCGCCGACGAGCCCUCCGACUUCCUCGCCCGCGAGCGCGCCGCCCUUGGUGAAGAUGCCCAACAAUUUGCCGGCUCAGGCGACAACAUGGCCACCGUUGCCGAUGCAGAAGAGGACGAUGACGAUCUGCUUGGAGGCGGCGGCGGCGGAUCCCAGCCAAUCGCAGACAUGGACAUGAUGGGGGACUUUGAGACCUCCUUCCCUUCCGUCGAGACUGGCAACGAAGGCGUCGCUCCCGGCGGCACCAUCACCGGCUCUACCCUCCCAUACCGCGCCCCUGACAGCUCCGCCUACGCUCAAGAAGAGGAGGAACCAGAAGUUGUGCGCGAGUGGCGCGAAAGGCGCAACAUGGCCAUCGAAUCUCUUGAUGAGCGCUCCGCAAGCAAGAAGGCUGAGACGGUGAAGGCCGCGCAGGAGGCGAUCGACGAGUUCUACGAGAACUACAACAACCGCAAGGACAAGCAGGUGGCGCAGACGAGGAAGGAGGCGGAGGAGUUCUUGAAGAACCGUGAGGAUACGACGAGUGGAGGGACGAGCUGGGAGAGGAUCGCGAAGUUGGUGGAUCUGAGUGGGAAGGGAGCGGGUGGAGGCGCGAGCGGGACGGCGAAGGCGAGGAUGCGGGAGGUGCUGUUGGAUCUGAGGAAGGAUAAGGAUGCGCCGGGGGCUGGGGGUGUAUAA